UUCUCGCUUAUGCUUUUAUUAAGACUCACUUGUCUUCCGGCCUACUACCAGAGAUCCCAUUAAUAUGGUAGGCCUUGAUGAUCUCCGAGAUCUCUUCUUAUGAUAAACCAAACGGGUCGGGCCAACUUCCCAAACACUUGCUUUACAUUCACUUCUCAGUCUAUGCGACUGUCCCUAAGGAGGGGUUUCCAUCGGCUUGCAUUGAUUUGAAACUACUACUAUACUAAACCGGCUGAAAGAGCGUAGUUUUGACCUAAGUUCCUUACAUGACGGGUUCCUCUCCUUCGCGGGAUAGGGCACAUUCAAUUCCAUUCCGCCAUAACCACGCUUUCCAACUCGAUCCAGCUCUCAAACUAUAUGAUCCUCGUCACCAGUCAGCAGCUAAUACUGAUAGCUCCUGCGGACCCUUGCCUUCCCUCUUCCUUCCUAGGCUCGGAUGUUACAUCCGAAUGUUGCAGCCCAGUCAAAUCGGUAUUUCCCCGCCUACCAUUAAAUCAAAAUAAAGAAGUAGGGGCUUCUGAACUCGCCCCCUGCUAGGAAUAGGAAGGUAAAAAGAGUACGUAUAUCGGAGCCUACUCGCAUUCGUAACAAAUUUCUCACACUAUGAUCUCCCCACUUUCCGCCGCUCCCGCGUCUUCCAUCUCAAGUCCAAUGUGGGAAAGCUAAAGUAGUCCCCUUAUCCCACAGGUUAGAUGAGAAAGAGCCAGUUUAUGACCCCCGUCUUUCUUCAGAAGAUUUCUACCUAUCUCCUUUCUGACCAUCCCCUGGAGACGUUGAAGGGGAAAGAUCUAUUCUCCAUUAGCAGGGACAUAUGCGAGCAGCUCCAGGAAAGCGAACAUAGCUAUACAAAUCACAUAAUGUAUAAUGCUUUCCAAGUGCUGCUCGCGCAGUAUCGGAAAGAAUUUCAUGAAGUAAGUGGUCUCCCUACUGCACUGGCGACAUAGCUAAAACCAGAGGCUGACCAAAGAGAUACAGGAAUGGGCAUUUUAGAAUAGCCCUUACUGUGGAUAUAAGUAACUUAGUGCAUGUAAGGCUUGGAAGAAGAAAUUGAAAUAAGAACAACCGCGCUGGUUGUAAUAGAUCGACUUUCAUGCUAGUUCUUGCUCCAGCAUGAAAGUUCCAUUUCAGGGAAGGCUUUUUGGACUAAGGGUACCAUGAUACUUUCUGUUUUGUCGAGCCCUGCUUUGGUCUCUGGUUUGAUGGUAGCACGUGCUAAAAAUCCGGUACAUUCCGUUUUGUUUCCCAUCCCAGUCUUUCGCGACACUUCAGGUUUACUUAUUUUGUUAGGUCUCGACUUCUCCGCUAUGAUCUUCCCAGUAGUUCAUAUAGGAGCUAUAGCCGUUUCAUUCCUAUUCGUUGUUAUGAUGUUCCAUAUUCAAAUAGCGGAGAUUCACGAAGAAGUAUUGCGCUAUUUACCAGUGAGUGGUAUUAUUGGACUGAUCCUUUGGUGGGAAAUGUUCUUCAUUUUAGAUAAUGAAACCAUUCAAUUACUACCAACCCAAAGAAAUACGACCUCUCUGAGAUAUACGGUUUAUGCCGGAAAGGUACGAAGUUGGACUAAUUUGGAAACAUUGGGCAAUUUACUUUAUACCUACUAUUUCGUCUGGUUUUUGGUUUCUAGUCUAAUUUUAUUAGUUGCCAUGAUUGGGGCUAUAGUACUUACUAUGCAUAGGACUACUCAGGUAAAAAGACAGGAUGUUUUCCGACGAAAUGCUAUUGAUUUUAGGAGGACUAUAAUGAGAAGGACGACGGACCCACUCACGAUCGACUAAAAGGAAAGUCGCCCGGAGAUAUUGGUUCAAAUCCAAUUCGUGAGAAAAGAGAUAGUUUGAAUAAAGCUUUUGUCGCCCCAGGAUGGAUUGAAUUCAUGCUCCCUCUUCCAGGUCGAGUAUGAAGCCAUCUCUAAGGAGACAGUCUGCCAAGUGAGCGCGAAGGUAAGACCAUCUCGCGGGGAUCUUCUUGUUGUUCCAAAGGAGCUUCUCAUUCAGAAGGAAAGCAGAGAAUUAAAUGUGGGAAGCGAGCUUGCUGCGCCUAUCUAUGGUAAUAGAAUCCCGGUGGUAGUAGUUCUUUUUCUCUUAAAAGAGGGAAUGAAUAAGGUAAUUUCUCACCAGAUGAAUGCAAGGCUGGAAUAACAGAACAGCCAGAUUUUACUUACUAAUAGGAAAGAAAAAGCUAUUGUUGACUUGUAAAGACGGGAAGAGCUGGGAUUAAACCAGAAGGGAUUGGCUUCACGAAUGCUUAGCUCAGAACCUAAACUGCUGGCUUUCUCGCAUUGAAGGUAUCUGUUGAGGGAAUCUAUCCCAAAGGUAGGCCCAAGGCUGCUUAAUGAGCGCCCCUUGAAAGAACAAGAGCUGCAUUCAUCCCACCUGCGGAAGUCUCUUAACCACCUCUAAAUGUCCCCUUUUGGCUAGUAUUAUCCAAAAUCUAGAAAGAAAAGUGGGGGCUUAAUAGAGCUUGCAUCUAAGGCGAGGGAGUGAGAUGAAUCUCUUUCUUUUCGUCUCGUUAAGUGGCCUUGAGCCUUAAUUCUGGCACAAGAGAUAGUCAGACUGUCUCUUCUCUUCUAAGGUGUGGGCUUGCAAGAAUGAAGUAGUAAUAAGUCCUCGAAUCGGGAAAUGAGCUAGCCUUAAAGGAAAGAUUUUUAUAACCUGAAGUCUCUUUCAUGAGCUCAGCUUUAGUGCCACGUUCAAGCUCAAAGCAGGGAAAGGCGGGUAUGAACUCAUACUAGUUAGCCUGGAUUGGCACCUCUUCUCGGAAAGAUUCCACUCGAUCUAACUCAAAAAAUGAAUCUUUCACUGGAUAAGGAAGAGUAAGGUUAGCGAGUCCUCAAGCAGCUUCUAGCACCUAAGAAAAUCCUUUAGAGUAACCUAACUUCCAAGCAUGCAUGAGAUUCUAUCUUAUAUAUUUUGCACUUAAGCUUUAAUAAGAAGAGAAUCAGUAUCAUUCUAUUUCCAGCUAAGAAAGCAUGUUGAAUGAUCUAGCUUCCCAAACGAGCUCACAAGCGAGUGGAACGGAGUAAACAAGAAAUAGAAAUAGAGCAUAGAAGUGGAAUAUCUUCUAUUUACGUGCUGGUGAUUGAGCUGGAGAUAAAGUUUCUUCCUCUCCUUUACUUACAGUCGAGCUCUAUUAACAUAGACCCUAUAGCUUAGCUCGAGUAACUACGUGCCUUUAGCUCUAGUUCAGUUACACUUAUUAACACGAAGGCUAGUGCUAGUUGAGAUCAGGGACGGACUCUAACCCGCUGGCCGGAGGGAAAAAGAACUCCAUAGAUUGAGUCAAUUUACACAAACAGAAGGAAUAUUGGCCUAUUGAUCUUGACCAGCCUCGACAGGUUCCACAGCAUUUGUAAUUCAUUUCAGUUGCAGAAGUAUGGUAGAAGUUUGUGCAACUGCAGGCUCGGCUUAGUAGGUAGCAGUCCCCUAGGUCAGACUUUGAGUUUUCUUUAUUUCCAUCUUAGAGGUACGUAGUUCUCGACUGUAAAGGAGAGGAUGGAAGACUUAGCAACUUAGCAAUUACGUAAGCUUUUGAAUUACAAGUAAUUCUUACGGCUUUGGAAUACCAUAUAGUUGCAAGCAAGAGCAGAGCGAAGGUUCGGAGAUCUCGAGCGAAGCCAGGAAACAGAAAGUCUUAUUAUUAGCCUGACCAUUACAGUGAGCGAAGAAAGUUACCUAGACUAAUAAGGCGAGACUUAGGGACCUAGCUAGAUUCACUAGCACCGUCUACUCUCACAGCGGAUAGGGAUUCCGUUCCCUUUCUAACUGUAAGAGCUGCUACGGAUAUAAGUCCCACAGAUCCCCCUUCUCGAGCUUAUUCUUUUUAAGAGACUGAUGCCAACUAUGAAUAUACGAUCGAAUGCGCUCUUGUCUAUUUUUAGACUUCUUACUUUUAUUUUUGCCUUUUCUCUUUGAAGCCUUCCCCAACGGAACAAAUGCUGCUGCUCCUUCUGUUCAGAGUUCGCAUGACUUAGCUCUCGUUGUGCGUGGACUUCCUAAUCGAACUAAGAUGGAUCGGGCUGUUGGCUCAGAGAAGGUUUUAUCGGGGAAGGAAUAAGAAAAAGCUUUGUUGACUGAAGAAUAAAGAAAUUCUUUUCCAUGGGAGGGGAAGCUAACUUAACUUCAACUGAAAGGUGGGGCUGUGAACUAAAACCAGGUAUCUGGAACUGGAAUGGUGUUCAAACAGAGAUUCCACAGAAAUCGAAUCUGGAGAAGGAGAAUCAGACAUGGGAUACCAAUAUGGGAGGGCAUAUAAGUAUAUUACUUUGGGGAUCCAAGUAGCUGCAAGACCGAACGAAGCAGAUGCUGAGACAAGUAGCGGAGUUUAGUCCUUUUCUGAGUCUUUGGAGUUUGGGCACGAGAGUAACUCGACUUCAAGGCCAAGGUCCGAAGAUGUUGUCAAUCUUGAUUAUGGCAAGGUAGGACACAUAAGCCUAACCCCGAGCUGAGCUAGAGUUUUUUCUUUUAAUUUGGAGGUAUAGUUCAGUAGCAGGAGGAGUAGGAGUCAUUCCCUAGAGCUAAAGUGAGGAAGGGGAAAUGAGACAAAGGCUAACUAAGGACGAAGUACGGAAGAUUCUAACUCCCAGGUGAAGGUUCUAGAAUAAGGAUAAGGAAGUCCACCGGGAUUGGCUUAAAGCUAAGCCAGGUGCUAUAGGUGAGGAAGGUUUUAGAAAGCUAGAGUCCGGAAGUGAAAGAUGAGCCAACACUGCCCUACGUUCUACCCUUCCAGCAACUAGUGAAUAAGCAUACCCUGGUUCUAGAAGUAAGAAUAGUAGUCAGUUUACUUGAAAAGUAAUUCCCCUGUUGAGGCUAGAACGAUUCUAUCAGUACUAACGGAUGCUCCUUUACUAACUCAACCUAACAGAUUCGGCAUCAUUACUAUACAAUAUUUUUCCUUGAAAAAAGUACAGUAUAUUAUUAUUAUUCUAGUAGAAGUACUCGAUUCUGCGUUAUACUAACUACUCUAUAUAUCAGUACGUUCGAAGAAUCUAAUCUUUUUCUACUGGUUCAGCAAGCUAGCCGAACUAUCAAACAAACAAUAAUCACAAUUAUAAGGAUCGAAGGGCUAUUCUCCUAACAGUAAGUACUAGGACUAAGACAUUCCCGGAGGUUCCUACAAUUGAGAAAAAGUCUCCAUACGAGCAGUCUUGAUGCCAUCCUAUCCUUCCUACAAACUACAUAUGUAUAGUGGGAGCCUCCUACGAACCAGUUGCAGUUGUUUUUCCAUUCGCUGGGGUUGAAGUUUCUUAUCAGCCGGAGAUCCUAGUUUCUUUUUCUUCUCCUAUAGAAUUGACUUACUUACUUUAUACUUUAGAGUAAGACUUUCUUCCCAGUUAGAAAAAUCAUCUCACUAUCAAUCAGCUUGAAAGACAUCAGAAUCAAAGGCAAGCCCAUCUAAGAUAGUUUGAGUGUUUGCUUAAUCUGAUACUUCCCGAGCUUUUCUUUUGCCUGUGCGGAGUCCUUAGUGCUUCAUUUCUUCGGUCCCGAGCUAAUUUAAGCUAGAAAAGCGUAGCUCUCAUGAUUUCUUCGGACCAUUGCUCUAUUUUUUAGUCGUAUCAGCUUUGACUUUCCUUGUCCGUCGAGUCAGUAGUCGAUCUAGUAAGAUUCUUGUAUGAUAAGUAGCCCAUUCUCUUAGGCUUCCCUUCAGGCCUAGUAGUCAUUCUUCUUUCUACUCCAUCAAGAUGGUCAGUGCCACUGUCUUUCUUGAUUCAUGUAGGAUGGGUUGGUUAAGGCGAAGCAGGUUAUCAAGAAUCCAUUCAAUUAGAUGCUGGUUCAUUGGCCUUGCCCCUUUCCACUCCUUCACCUCUUUAACUGGGGGACAGGCAGUUGAACUCAAAGCUGCUGGAACGAGAGUUUAAGAAAGAGGCGGAACAUCGCUCUCCGUGGCAGCAAAGGGAAAACGAGAUAUUGAUUCAGUCGGAGAUAGACUUUCGAUGAGCUCCAGUAGAUGCACAAUGAGAUUAACCCUGUAUUGACGGUGUUAGUGCUCUAUAUCAAAUCAUUCUGUUUCGGA